GGAAUCCUAACAAGUUAGAGCUUUUAUCCUGAGAAAUCUUCUCUUUCUUUGGGAUUGCCUUUUUGAAUCAGCCAUACGAGAAUGAAUUUGGCAGUAUAAGUUCCUUGAUGUAGGUUCUUGAUGUAAAGACACAGGGAUUCAUGCUUCACAGGAUUACGUGUACAGUAGGUUCUAGGAGUUGUUGGAGAACCACCUGAACUGACUUACUGGCAAGUUAGUGACUGGACACCUUGAUAUCUUUGGAACCUUCAUUUGGUCUUUUGGCACUUCUCAAGGAACCCAUCUUUGAGGACUAGGAAGGAACUGAUCUGCUGGAUUCAAGAGGGAGCGGUAGCAGAGGGGCCUCCUCGUUACCUGUCGAGCUAUUGAUCAACCAGCUGAAGCCGAUUCAUCAGUUUGGGUCUGGGGAAAGGGCAAGCUUUGGAGACAUAGCGCAUUCACCAGCUUCAUCACCUUCGGCAGCACCACCACUAUAAACGUUGUUCUCGGCUCCGUUUCAUCCAUCCUUGUCAACAUCUUUUGGACACACCAACUAUCGUGGACUGAAGCCGUGCUCCAUACAAAGUCCGAAUUUUGCUUGGGUGUGUGGAUGUCGAUCGACGAUGUAUUCGCUGCACUGCCGCGGUAUACUUAUCACGUGAUUAUAUGUUCCGUAAGAGAAUUUCGGUGCGUGUGCAAUUUGUCCGAAAAGCAAGUCAAACCAGGGCCUAUACAUCACCUUCCAGGAUUGUGCCUUGUUGACGCUUGCCUGCAGUCAGAGGCGUGGUGACUUGUUGAAGGAAGAUGAGGUGCUUGACGGACUUGUGGUACUAGACAUUCUGAUACUGGAUAGGAAAGGUUAGAGAUCACCAUGGAGCCUUUCAGAAUCAUCCCUACAAGGCGAUGGCUGAGAAGCAGCAGGAAAGCCCAAGAGGUCAACGAAACGGGGGAUCAACUGGGUAUUCUUGGAGCGAAGCCUAAGGCUGCCAGCCCGCAUCCAGAUCCUAAUAUCUUGGCAAAGGAGAUGGAAGAGUUUGAAAAACUAAUGCAGCUUAAUUCAACUGAAGGAGCUGGUUCAGACACCAAAGACACUACCCAACAGAACGAGAAGGGAGAGGAACCAAAACAAGCAGUAGAGGCAGAUGCAUAUGUUCCUGACCAGCCGACCACCUCUCUAGAACCCUAUGAACCAGCACAGCCAACAACAUCACCAGUGAUACCUUCCAAAGAUGAACAGACCACUGUAUCACCUGAAGCAUAUGAACCAGACCAACCAACUCCAGUUGAAGAAGUGUACACACCUGACCAACAAACCUGUGUUGUCAAUGACAAGACUGCAAAGGGUCCCUCACUUCAAGAUUCUGCUCCCUAUGAGCCCGAGCAGCCCACCGAUGAGCCAAUGGUCUUACAGGACUCUGGUGUUUCUGCCAAAGCUAAGACAGAGGUAUCAGAAGUGGAAGCUGAUAUGCCUCAACUCCAGUUAGAUUCAGUUACGUGUAGCUCUGAUAAUCAUGGACAAAUUGAAAAGGGAGGGGAUCUUGCAACUAGCGAAGACACGGAUGCAACACUAGCUCAAAAUGUUUUUAACAAUGAAGGUGGAAACAAAUCAGAACAAGAAAAUCUCCUUCCUGAAGAAUGGUUGAGAAAGAAGGAAAAAAAGAAAAAACACUCGCAUGGCAAGCACAAAAAGCCCCUGGUUGAAUGGCGAUUGGGCGUACUCAGGAAGGAUUAUGUUAUCAAAGACUUCAAAAGCUUUCCAGUCGACGAAAAGUUGAUGGCUACAACAAAGCAUAAAUGGAAUGAUGAGAGUGAAGUUGAACACCUGAAAUUUCUGCAUUCAGGGGAUGGGAGUCAGACCGACACAUCUGAAGUAUCGGGUAUGACUUCACCUGCAGUUGCUCUUAGUGACAAUGAACUUGAAAGUGAUCAAAAUACAAGUGGUGACAUUAAUUCCAUAGGAAGAACACCUGAAAAUGCCCCCGAGGAUGAUGGUGGUAUUAAUAGUUCAAAGGACAAUGACAUUCAGCGUGUAGAAUCAAAAUGUUUGGAAGGAGAGACGAAAAAGGAGGAAUCCGGUGAAGUGGAAAAGGUACUGGAGGAGAGUGCUUCGCAUGAAAAUGUGAAGUCAGGUACUGGACUUGAAGACACCAAACCGAAAGGAGAUACCGAAAUUGAUGAAAGUAGUACUGUUGAGAAAACUGAGGAUUUAGGGGCACAAAAGGAUGGAGAUACAAAGGAAGUGCAAAAAGGGUCAGUUGAUGAGGAAGAAACAAAAAAAAAAUCAGAACAGGAAGAAGACAAUUCAAGUAGGAUGAGCACAAGACAAUCAAGCAGGAGAGCAGGGAGAGACUCUGGUGAGAAUAAAACAGAUGCUGAUCACAAAAGUGAUAAAAAGGAUGAUGAUUCCAGCCGAAGAAGAUCAAGGAGAAGUGAAAGAUACAGAGAUGAUUCUGAUGAUGAAAAGAGAAAAGACUCUGAUAGAAGUAGAACAGAGUCAGACAGAACUAGAAUGGAUACUAGGAGACGUUCACAGAGAAGAGACCGAUACGGUAGGGAUGACUCUGAUGAUGAGAGUAGAGAGGGGAGGAGGAGGGGUAGGAGUGACAGCAGAGAAAGGAGAGGAAGAAGUGGCAGCAGAGAAAGAAGAAGGUAUAGAGAUGAUGACGACAGAUAUGACAGGUACGAUCGAGGACGUAGGCAGAGAAGGAGUGAUAGGCGAAGCAUGGACAGAACAGACGACAGGAGAUCCAGGGAAGACGAUCGAAGAAAUGAAAGAAGUGUCUCAAGGGAGAGGGUUGAUCGGAGAAGGAAGGAAAAGGAUGAUAAAGAUGUGAAGAAAGAUGUAGAUCAGACCAAGGAGGAAACCAAAGUAACUGCUGAGAAGAAAACGCAAAAGGCAGAUGAAAGAGAAGGUGACCAGUUACCAGGAAACAGCAAAGCAGAUUCAAAGAUUACGGAAAGUGACACUAUUCAAGAGAAGGACCAAAACUCCAAAAAAGAUACCUCCGAUAAGAAUGCUGGGAGAAUACCUAUCAAAUUCAAUUUCACUUCAAGGGCAGUUCGAAGGAGUACUCGUAGUGCUGUGAAGGCAAAGGGCGGAGUAUUUGAAGAGGAUGAGGAUGAAGAUAAACCACUGUCAGAAUUACAGACUUUAUGUGAUGAGAAGGAACCAACAGCUUCAAAUACAGAAUCAGAAGAAGAUCAAGCUCCUCCUGUUACCCGCAGUAAGAGUAGAGAAGGCUGUCCAGUGGAAGAACCUUUGGAAGAAAACAAGGUUGAUCAAUUAUCUUCUGUUCAUACUGAAACAAGCACAACCAGAGCCAGAAGCAGCCAAAAUAAAGAAAAUUUGUUUGAGAAUACUUUAAGGAAGGAAUUCAAAAUAGAUCAAGAAUCAGAAUCGGAUAGUGGAGCAGAAUUGAGUUUGAUGGGUCUUGGAGAUGCCCCAAGUCUCUAUCCUGAAAAUAUACUUGAAAGCCAAGUUGAAAUGGAACUCUUGGCAAAUGCAUUUUCUUCCACUGAUACUGAAGCUGAGACAGAAAUUGUACUGGAUACAACUGGGGAAAGUGAUAAUUUUGUAAUGGAAGGAAAGGAAGAAGAUGAUUCACCAAAACAAGAAGAGAGUGAUGAUGUUGACAUGGAUGUUGACAUGGAAGUUGAGGAACAACUGCAUGAUGUCAGUACUAUUGUAGUUUCUUCACCCCCACAUAUACCAGAUGAGGAAGGUACAGAUACUGAUACUGAUGUACAGUUGAGCAAUAGUCCUAGUCCUAGUCCUCGGGAGAACAGUAGAACUUGUUCUGAAGAAAUGCCAAUUGCUCCAGAGGAACAGACCAGAUCAGAGAUUGAUGGAAAUGAGAAACAGAGCCAAAAUGGUCGUCUUCAGGAGAACAGAGAUAUUAUUAUCCAUGAAACACGGAUUGUUCCAGAGAUCAAAAUAGUGCCAGCUCCCGAUGAAUCCUGUUACCAAGUUCGCUCCGAAAAAGCUGAGGAAAGUACUGAAGAGAAAGAAAGUGAGAUAAAUACAUCAUUUGAAACUGAACAAAGCGAUGUGGAAAGUCUCUCACUGGUGAAGACAUCUGACUUUAGCAAAACCGAGUCUGAAUCUGAAGAUGCAAUGUCAAUGGAAAUCAUUGACCUAAUGGCAGGCACAUCAUAUAAAACUUCAAAGAUCUCUGUUAAUUUACCAAAUGAAGAGUCCGAUUUGAAUACUUCCAUUCAAGAUGUUUCAGAUAAAAUUGCAGAUAAUGUUAAGGAGACAAUAUGUGACCAGACUUCUACUGUAAUGUUACUGGAAGAAGUGACAUCAGUGUCGCAGCCUGCACAACCACCUAUCAGUGAUUCCCAAGAUCCUGAUGUUAACACUGAAACAAUCGUUCUUGACCACAGUACUAGUCAUCAAAAUAUAACCGUCCAGGAGGCAGACGAAGCCAAAGCUUCCUCAGAAGUUGUCGUCAGUGAUGAGAUGAUCAUGCCCUCCAUUGAUAUUGUAAAUAAAUCUCUUCCUUCUGAAAAGGGUACCAUUGAAGUAUUUAACAAAGAAUCUGCCAUAAAUCACGAUGAACUUGUGGAAACAAAUACCAUGCCAUCAUCAGACAUCCCAUCUGCCCAACAUGAUGAUAUAACCACUCAGAUGGUACCUCCUAUUUCUGCAGAAAGCACAGAAAUUUCCAGUACUCAAGAACCUGUUAUUGCAGUCAAUGAACAAUCAACUAAACAUGUUAUCCAAGAGGGACCUGUAGGUAGUAAACGUAAAAGGAAGUCUAGAUGGGCGGCAUUUGUUCCAGAGGUCCCCGUAAAACCACCAACUUUGAGUCAGAUGGAUGUUAGUGUAGUUCAAACCCCACAAGGAGAUCCAUCCAUGAUCAACGUGUCCAGUAAUUCAGUAUUUCAGCCACAGACAGAGGAACACCAGAUAAAGGAAUCCAGAGUUGAAGUGAACACUCCAGAAGAAAGCAAAUCUGCACAUGUUGAAAGCCACAUAGAAGAGCAGUCGGUGGACUCGCCCAAGUUAGAAGAAGAAACCUUCUCCCCAUCAAAGAGAGUGAGGGUACAUCUAGAUCGUAUGAUUAUUGCAACUGCAGAUCAAUCAAGCCAUGAUAACAGUACUCACAACACGACACUUGAUCCAUGGGUCAUUGGCAAGACUGAAGCUACCUACCUGUCAUCUGGACUUGACCUGGAGGUGAAUGGUGCAGGGGAUAAUCAGGCAAUGAUCAAGCUUGAGGAUAUUGCGAAAAACCAUGAGGCAGGUAUCAUCAAUGAAGAAAUAGAAGAUGCAGGAGAGGUUACGGAACCACAACCUGGGGCAGGAGAGGACUCCAUGGAAGAAGGGGAACUGGAUUCUGAUAUCAAGGAGGAGUCUGAGGAGAAACCAUGUAAUGAUAUUACGGGCAUGGAGCAAGGAGAGAUCGACGAUGAUGGUGAGGGAGGGGUUGAAGAAAGGAGACAAAAACAGAAGUCCAGACACUCGAGGCAGGACAAGGAGAAUAUACCGCAGGACGAGUACUGGGCAGAGGGAGGAAAGAGAGAGGAGAGGGAAAGGCCAAAGGAGGAAACACGAGAGAGUAGAGAAGAGAGGCGGAGGCUGCAGUAUGCCGAGUGGGGAAUCGUUGAGAGGAGCAAGAUGCCCCGCUUUGUGGAGUUGAACGAGAAUUACUACCUGACAGAAAGGCGAAGAUCAAAAGCCGGUAAGGAAGCGAGGAGAAUGGUAUGCUGCUGUGCUACCUCUAGAGAGGAAAGAAGGCGUGGCAUCCAGGCUUGUGGGGAAGACUGUCUCAACAGAGUCCUCAUGCUGGAAUGUGGUUCACGAUGUCCAUGUGGAGAUUACUGUACCAACAGGCGCUUCCAAAAAAGAGAGAAUGCCAGAGUAGGAGUCUUCUACACCGAAGAAAAGGGACAUGGUUUGAAAGCUAAAGAAGAACUGAAAGAUAAUGAGUUUGUGAUGGAAUAUGUUGGAGAGGUGCUAAACUUCCAUGAGUUCAAACAUCGAGCCAAGCAGUACAGCAAAGACAAGAACCUUCACUUCUAUUUCAUGGCGCUCAAGUCAGAUGAGAUCAUCGAUGCUACCGAGAAAGGGAAUGUAUCUCGAUUCAUGAACCACAGCUGUGAUCCUAACUGUGAAACACAGAAGUGGACAGUGAAUGGUCAGCUUCGAGUAGGAUUCUUUACCAAGAGGCAAGUCAAACCUGGGGAAGAGCUUACGUUUGACUACCAGUUUGAAGUUUAUGGUCAAGAAGCUCAGAAGUGUCUGUGUGGAUCUGAGAAGUGCAGGGGUGUGAUUGGCAAACAGAAGAAACAGAAGGAAGGCAAAGAUACAACACCUAAGAGAAGAGGCAGUUUCGGAGAGAAACGAAGGAAAGAAGCUUUCACAGAUAUCACGUUAGAAGAUGAGAUACAGCAGAUGGUAGAUGAGUGUGAUGAAUGUGGGUUGGAAUCCAAUGACCACACCAUCGCACUCUCAAGGUUCAUGGUUAGAGCUGAUCAACCCAAACAGAGGCUUGCACUUCUACAAUUGCUACAGGAAACGACUGAACAGGCUUACUUGAAGUACUUCCUAACCCAUCAUGGUCUCAAGCUAAUAUGGAGCUGGAUGGUUGACUUGGGAGAUAACCCUGCUGAACUCCAAAUGCAGAUCCUCCUCACCUUAGCCAAGCUUCCUAUUCCAAACAAGAAUGCAUUGGAAGACAGCAAGGUUCUCUCGGUCAUUGAGAGGUGGGCUAGAAACUUUGCCAACCAAGGACCACCCCAAGAAAUGACAUCUGCAACCAAGGCUGACAGUGACGUUGACUCGUCCAGUGCAAGCGAGACACCUUCACGAUCAGAUACGCCCAUUUCAGCCGCCAUGGCAUCAAGUCUGAACAUCAACAGUAGUAUUGAGAUGCUCAAGUCGAUAGCAGAAGCAACCAGUUCUGAAAGUGAUAUGGACAGUGAAGCACCCUCAGGAGUACCUCUUGCCCUCCGGCAAAGGCUAGAAGCAGAGAGCAUGGAAUCUCCAACUUCCACUGGUAGCGAAGGGGAAUCCAUGGAAAAACCAUCGUCAAGUGCAGGAGAGGAUUCUCAGAAUGAGCAACAAGAAGAUGUGUUGCCAGGGCAACCGGACUCGGCAUCGGAUGCUGCGACAUCUUCUACCACAGUGGGAGAAUCAGUUAGCAAGGACAAGGUAGCACCUGAGGAAAAUUCAUUGAGUGAAACACUAGCUCUUGAUAGUGCUGUUGUUGAUAGCACAGAAACGGGCCUUCCAGAAACCAAAGAAUCGUCUGACGAUAGUUCCAAGGAAGUUAGGACGCUCAAAUCAUUAGCUGCAGAUGCAACAAGACACGUGCAAUCUCAAAACUCUUCUACUGAUGCUCAGGCAGAUGUAGCAAUCUCACAAUCAGAGGAUAUUGUUAGCGAGUCCUCAACCCCACCUGCAGAAGAAUCUGUAAUGGCCAGCACAUCUGAGUCUGAAAACAGGACUAAAGAUGUUGAGCAGCCACCCAGUGUAGCAGUUGAGACGGAUAACGAAGCAGAAAGCAAAACCGAUGAAGGAGAAAAGGGUGGCGAUUCAGAAAUUUCCAUCAUUCUUUCAUCUCUAUUGAGCUCUUGGAGUGACCUAAAAGAAAUUUAUAGGAUACCAAAGAAGGAGAGUGAAAAAGAUAGAGACAAAGACAGAGAACGAGACAGACAUCGUGAACAUGACAGGGAUAGGGAUCGUAAACAUGACCGUGAUAGGGACUAUGAUAGAGAUCAUCGAGAUCGAGAUCGGGAUUACGGAAGAGACAGGGAUAGGGGUAGGGACAGAGACGAUAGACAUCACAGAGACAGAGGUAGAGAUGGUGAUCGAGAUCGCCAUCGAGACAAAGAAAGGAAAGAUAGAGAUAAAAGUGAUGAUAAAUCAAGGAGAAAACGAAGUAGAUCAAGAAGUAGAGAGCGAGAGACCAAAUCAUCUUGGUCUAAGGAUUCUGACACUAAUGCUACACCUCCAAAGCUCAGGAAACCAUGGAAGGAUGCUAAAGGAAAGGAAGGCAAGGGAGUGGUUAAAGAGGAUGUGAAAUUUGAGAAGGAAAGCAAAAAAAUGAGCAAAGAAGAGAGGAGACAUUUAUUUGAAAUGCAGGUGGAAGCGAAGGAAAGGGAAGAUGCGGCUCGUAAAGAGCAAGAGGCUGUGAUGAUGGCACAAUGGCAGGAGAGUGAGCAGCAGAGACAGCAGCAAAUGGCUCAGUACAUCGAUGCUAAUGGCUUCCCUAUAGACCCCAAUGCUCCUCCUCAUGGUAUGAUGGUCAAUGAACAUGGUAUGCCCAUCGAGGUCAUACCUGGGCACAUGGGUGGUAUGCCGCCGAUGGGGGAGCAGUACAUGGGACAUCAUCCAGACAUGCCUCAUCCUGACAUGGCCUUCCCACCAGAACACAUGCAUCCAGACAUGCAAGGGCAGUUUCCUGAACUCAUGCAGCAACAUGAACACAUGGGCAUGGAGGAAAGGUACCACCCAUCCAUGCAUGAACAUCACAUGAUGCCUCAUGAAGGACAGCCUAUGUACGAUGAUAGCGGGUUUCCAAUCCCACCUCAAGAACACAUGCAUCCAGGGAUGAUGGGUAUGCCGCCCCAUGAAGGGAUGCCACCCCAUGAAGGAAUGCCACACCCCGGAGCGAUGCCACACCCCGGUAUGGACUACCAAAUCCACCCUGACAUGGAUCCUAAUGCCAUGGUGCACCCUCAUGCCGAGCAUCUCAAUAUGGACCCACACAUGAUGGGGGCACAACUCCAUCCUAACAUGGACGUUCACCUGUUAGGGGGUCAGCCCCAUCCAGGAGACCCUAAUAUGUAUCCUCCAGAACAACACAUGAUGCAACCUCCGGUGGAAGCUGUACCCUCUCAGGAGGUGCAUGUUCCACAGGUGGUACCCAUUCCUGCGGCAGGAGUUGCCCAGGUACCGAGCCAAUCUGCACCACGUGAGGAAGAUUUGAUGCCUCCACCCAUGUUACCGGUCCCAAGUCGGAAAUCAAAGAAGUCUAAAUCACAGAAGAGUGCAGCCAAGCAGUCCUCCAAGACGAGCCCUCCCUCUACCACCUAUGUCGCCCCUGCUGCACCUGCCAGCAGUGGCAUUCCAGUACUAUCAUCAAACGUACCCUCUUCCAGUGUGGUUAGUGUGAACCAACAGGGCUACCCCAUUGCCCAGGCUGCACCAGGGAUCGUCCCAAUGGCCCAGGCACCACAAGUCUUGCAAACGCCAGUACUACCUCAAGCACCUCAGCAAGCUGCCCAAACGACCUUCACCUUCGUAACUCCUGACGGCAUGCUGGUGACUCAGACCAUCGUUCCUCUCGCUGCUACGGAGCAGGGCAUCUCACCUCAUGUACAGCCCAUGCAACAACACCAACAACAAAUGGCUGGAGUGCAACAACAACAGCAGCAGCAACAACCACAGGUUACAGAGUCUAUCCCUUCACCCCCUGCGAAACCAAAGACUGCCAAGCUUCCUGCUAACUGGAAGACAGCCCAGGACGCAGAAGGAAAAGUCUAUUACUACCACUCUGUUACAAGACAAACCCAGUGGGAGUUGCCCUCUUGGGACGAGGAUGAAGAUGAUAUGUAUGAUGACGAGACAGGUGGAGAAUCUAACACACCUACAUACGAUGAGAAGGGUAGACCGAAAACCACUACUGCUCUUGCUGAUACUUCCUCUGAAGCUGCCAAGAGGCUCAAGGAGGCAUUCAGAUCAAGGAUGUCCCAUCAUGUUGUUGGCUAUCUCAACGCCUACCGCAAACCAGACUGUAAGCUGGGCCGCAUCACCAACACGGAAGACUUCAAGCAUCUGGCUAGGAAGCUAACCCACGGCAUCAUGGCCAAGGAGCUGAAGCACUGCCGAAACAUCGAGGAUCUAGAGGUCAACGAGAAUGUCAAACAUAAAGCCAAAGAAUACAUCAGGAAGUACAUGGGACGCUAUGGGAAGCUCUACAAGAAAGAUCCAGCCGACACUGAUAUUUGAUGAAGCAUACACUGGUCCACUGUCUUGAAUAUGUGUGAAGAAAAGGAAAAACUCCAUUCCCAUCCAAGUUAGGAAGGGGGAGGGGAGGAGUGUUCAGUGUUCUCCUAUAGGCAGCAUGAGGUGUUUGAUUAAUCCUGCAGAGCAGUAAAAGAUCUUACUGCCGAAGACCACGCUGUAAGUGUUUGUAUAUCGACGUGUAGG